AGACACCGGAGGACUUCGGUUUAUUUAGAGUAAGCUACUGAAAAAGCCUUUAGUUUCUGAGUAUCACGUGCUGAGACAGACACUGUGGUUUGUGCUGCUUUGCUCAGGUUUCAACAAGCUGGCAUAAGGACAUGCCCGAAAUGGAAGUUGACUUCACAGAUCCAGAGAACGAAAGCUACAGUUACAUUGGUGAGAAUGCCUACGAUGAGUACAUGGGCCCCUGUGAACCCUUCAUAGUGGGCCUGAGCAGCCUCGGCCUGAUGGUGACCUACAUCCUGGUGUUCGUCUUCAGCGUGUUUGGCAACAGCGUGGUGAUCUACGUGGUGUCCUGCAUGGCACGGGGCCGGACCACCACGGACGUCUACCUGAUGCAUUUGGCCCUGGCCGACCUCCUCUUCUCCCUCACGCUGCCCUUCUGGGCGUUCUACGUCUACUCCCACUGGAUUUUCGGGACCUUCCUCUGCAAGUUCCUGUCCGGCCUGCAGGACGCAGCAUUCUACGGCGGGGUCUUCCUGUUGGCGUGCAUUAGCGUGGACCGCUACCUGGCCAUCGUGAAGGCCACGCGGGCACUGUCCCAGAGGCGCCACCUGGUGGGGAUGGUGUGCGGAGUCGUGUGGCUGGGGGCGGGGCUUCUCUCGCUGCCCGUGGUACUCCAGCGGGAGGCCAUCACGGAAGAGGAUCUUGCUAAUCACACCAUCUGCUACGAGAACCUGGGAGAGGACAACAGCGACCAGUGGCGUCUGGGCGUGCGGGUGCUUCGCCACGGGCUGGGCUUCUUCCUGCCACUGAUGGUCAUGGUCGUCUGCUAUAGCUGCACGAUGGUGAAGCUGUUCAGCGGCGUGCGCAACGGCGGCCAGAAACACAAGGCCAUGCGCAUCAUCCUGGCCGUGGUGCUGGCGUUCAUGGCUUGCUGGCUGCCGCGCAACAUCAGCAUCCUGGUGGACUCUUUGAUGCGGGCCGAAUUCCUGGGCGAGACGUGCGCCUUCCGGAACAGGGUGAACGUGGCUCUGUAUGUGACCGAGGUGAUGGCCUUCAUGCACUGCGCCAUCAACCCGGUGCUGUAUGCCUUCAUCGGGCAGAAGUUCCGGAACCAGCUUCUGGCGAUCCUCCACAAACACGGGCUGAUCAGCAAGAGGGUGCUGAUGACUUACCACAGGGGCUCGAACCACAGCAUUGCCAGCCAGAGGUCCAGGAACACCUCUGUCACCAUGUAAUGUGUCUAGAAAGAGCGGGAUGUGUUUUACUGGUUCCUCAAGCUAUCAUAUAUAUA